CCUAAUACUCCAGAAAAUUCGUAAUACCAUUUACUUUUGUUUUACUACGUAAUAAAAGCAUUUAUGCGAAGAAAUCAAACAACGGUGAAAGCGCGCUGAAAAAGAGAAUAGUCAAGAGAUAGUUGAGUUGGCGUUGAAAUGCCUAUCUUUAUAUCUUCAAAACAGUUGCCUACGACUUUCGGUCAAAUAUUGUAAAUAUUAUUUCCAGCAAACAAAAAAGAUGUCUGACUGCGUAUUGUGUAAAUCAAGUAAAAAAGAUGAGCUGCUAUACGGAAAAUUUGUUGCUACAUCAAGUGGCAUCAGCGCUCAUACCUUUUGUCUGUACUUUGCCUCAAAUUUGGCACAGAAUGGUCGCGACCAUCAAGGACUUUAUGGUUUUCUGCAGCGUGAUAUACGGAAUGAAGUUUGUCGGAUACGCCAAUUGACGUGCUGUUAUUGCAAGAAGCGUUCGGCCGGUAUAGGUUGCUGCAAGGAAAAAUGCAAAAGUAGUUUUCAUUUUAUUUGUGGUUUGGAAAAUGGAGCGGAAAAUCAAUUUUGUGAGUCGUUUCGCUCCUAUUGUCAUAAACAUCGAACAAGCGUUAAUUGCAAGCCACCUACAUAUCGCGAAUCAUGCUGCAUCUGUUACAAUAGCUUGCGUAAGAAAAACGAAGUCUUUAACAGCUCACUGCACUUAAAAGCUCCGUGUUGUACGAAUGGUUGGUUUCAUAAACUGUGCCUUCAAAAAUUUGCCGCAACUUCCGGAUAUUUCUUCAAAUGUCCUUUAUGCAAUAAUACUAAAUUAUUUCGAGAAAAAUUGAAAUACCAAGGAAUUUUUAUUCCAGACCAAGAUGCUGCCUGGGAAAUUGAACCUAAUGCCUAUGCUGACCUUUUAGAAAGACCUAGUAAAUGCGUUGUUGUUGAAUGUAAAAGUAAGAUAGGACGACAAGGCAAUUCAAUCCGAAAUCCAUUAAUAUUUUGCAAUACCUGUGGCUCGAAAGCAAUACAUAAAUAUUGCCUUUUGAACGGUGGAGGGAAAGAAUUUCAGUGCAAUGAUUGUACGCCUAUAUUACAAACCUUGGACUCUUCUAAGAAAAUUAGUCCACAACAACAAGAUUCUGAUGGCAGUGAUUUCGAGAUCGAUAUUUGUGAAAUUAGUGACGAGAAAGACAAAUUAAAAGAAAAUAAUGAAACAACAGAAGACGUCCAAGCCACUACUUCACAAAAUAUAAUUUCACGCAGUAGUUUUCGGAAUUGUAAAGCAAACUACGCACUUCAGACUGCAAACGAUGAUGAAGAUUGCAAAGGAAAUAUUUAUAUAACAACAAAUUUGAAUGAUAAAAAUAAAUAUUUUGAAAAUACGCCUAAUGACGAGCAGUGUGAAAAUGCAUAUGCUACAACUCCGGAAAAAGAAAUUUUGCAAAAGAGCUUUCGAAAAUAUAAGAAGAAUAAAUUUUUAAGGGUCUCUAGUGAUGUUGAAUCAGACGAGUCUACAUCAAUAACAAGGAGGACAGUUCAAAAAUCUUCGCACAACCCCACUGAUUGCCAGAAAACCGGAAUUAAUUUAAACGGUGCCAAUGAAAUGACGCAGGCAAUCAAUGGUGAAAUACUGGGAAAUGUCUUUACAACAGCAACAAAUAUGAAUAGUAAAAAUAAAUAUUUUGAAAACACGCCUGAUGACAAGGUGUGUAAAAAUGCAUAUGUUACAAUUUCGGACGAGGAAAUUUUACAAAAAAGCUUUCGAAAAUAUAAGAAAAAUGAAUUUUUAAGGAUUUCUAGUGAUGUUGAAUCAGAAGCAGAAGAGUUUACGUCAAUAACAAAGAGGAAAUUUCAAAAAUCUUCCCACAACCCCACUGAUGGCCAGAAAACCGGAAUUAACUUAAAAGGAGCCAAUCAAAGGACGCAGGCAAUCAAUGGUGAAAUACUGGGAAAUGUCUUCACAACAGCAACAAAUUUGAAUAGUAAAAAUAAAUAUUUUGAAAACACGCCUGAUGAAAAGGUGUGUCAAAAUUCAUAUGUUACAACGUCGGACGAAGAAAUUGUGCAAAAGAGCUUUCGAAAAUAUAAGAAGAAUGAAUUUUUAAGAAUCUCUAGUGAUGUUGAAUUAGAACCAGAAGAGUCUACAUCAGUAACAAAGAGGACAUUUGAAAAAUCUUCGCACAACCCCACUAGUGGGCAAAGAAACGAAAACAUUCCUAUAAAUAAUUCGUGCCGUCCGCUAAGACUCAGAGCCAAAUCGGUAUUAAUCUCCAAACAAGAACAAAUGGAAAGAGAAAAGGGUAGACUGAAUCAAGAAAAAUUUUCAGCAUCUACAAUGCCUUUAUCAGAUAAUCAUCGCCGGACAACACAAAGGAACAAGAGAAGAUCAACCGAUCUAGACAAGACAGGAAACCAAAAUAAGAACAGUAUUGGACGAGAUUCAUGUUUCGAACGAUCCAUUGCACCUUGCAUAGCCAAUAGAACGAGGAAACAAUCACUAAACAUGGCUAAAUUUAAAAACGAAGGCUCGAAAGGAGAUGAACAACGGGGUUGGGCUUCAUCAUCUUCGUUAGACGUCUCUUGCAUAGCCAAAAGGACGCGGCUUAGUCUUCAAAAAUCAUCUAAAACUAAAAGCGUAAGUGUAUGUAACGUAGAGUAUUCCAACAAUAAAGACUCAGAAUCAUCAGAUGGGAUAAGUGAAGUUUAUGAUAUUGAAAGUGAAUAUGAGAUGGAAGCUGAAAGCAUUACCUCAACGGAUUCCUAUUCUAUAAGAAGUCCCAGGGACAUGCAAAAUUUGUCAUUUAUUGCUGCGCGUGUUAAAAACCGAAGGUCUUCUUCAAUCAAUACUUCCAAUGACAAUAACAAUAAUAAUAAAGGUUUGACAAAGCGUUUUAAAGAGGAUAGAUAUAGGCACGAAUCAUCCUUAUCGUCAACUUCAAAUAUAUUACAAACAAAAGGUUCGAACGGUAUUCAUAGCUUUAAACGCCAUUUGCGCCCUUAAUGCCAAGAAAGCCGCUCAAGGAUUGAAUUGAAUUAUACCCGUUGAUCGCUUUGCAUCUUGAUUGCAUCCGAUUACCAAUAGAAGAUAGAUUCGGUUUUGAACCCUUGGAGGGUUCGUGCAGAAAUCGUGGUAAUAAGAAAUUCUUAAAAGGCGAUUGUAUGAAUCAAUAAUUGUAAACCAAUUUUUAACAUAGGUUCGUAAACCAUUUUUUAACACAAUUUUGUAAACCACUACUGUUCUCUUUAAAAAUCACUCGUUCUGAAAUAAAAGAGAGGCGACGAAAAUCUGUAAAAAGAAUAACUCAGUAAAGUAAAGAUUGAAAGGUAAAAUAAAUCUAUUGUAUAGAUAGCUAUGUGUAUUUUUCCCAUUAACUUGACUUAGGUUUAUAAAGCUUUUGUUUUUUUUUUUUCUAAUUAAAAGGUCUAACGACUUAUCAAGAUUUAAGCUUAUUUCAACAAAAUCGAUAACAACCAGAAAAAACUAGUUUUAAUUGCUUUUUUAUAACAACAACAAAUUAAAAAGCUUUUUGCAAGGAAAGCGGAACACAAAGAAUGGAUAGAAAGAUUUGUAGAAUGUAUGUGUGAAAAAUACAAGAUAUGAAAUAUAUCUCUCAAAAUGUAGGGAAAAUUUUUCGUACAAUAAUUUGUCUACAAAAGUAGUAGCUUUUAUCUACGAAGUCACUUUAUUUCUUCUACAUUUUAUUUGUUGAUUGAGUGCCAAUUCUUUUCGGCUUUUGCGCUUUUUAAUAGAAAAGGGAGACAUUUUAGUAACGAGGUUUAUAUUAGAAAAGCAGUUAUCCGGAACUACAUAAGAGAUGUGCAGAAAAGUAAUUUUACUCCCAGAAAUAGAAUUUUAUUCUCAAGCAAAGCCAAAAAGCAUCUCCAUAAAUUUCACUCUAAGAAUCUCAGGCAAAAAAAAAACUGAACAUUCAAUCUAAAUUUUUUUAAGUUUAAGAUUUUUCCUUUUUUUAAAU